AUGAAAGUGUACAUAGACGACAUGCUGGUUAAAAGUGUUAAAGAAGAGGAUCAUGUCAAAGAUCUAGACGAAUGCUUCCAAAUUCUGAAAGCUUUUGGCAUGAAGUUGAAUCCUACUAAGUGUACCUUUGGGGUGCGGGGGGGAAAAUUUCUCGGAUACAUGAUCUCCGAAAGAGGGAUAGAAGCAAACCCCGAAAAAAUCAGCACUAUCAUGCACAUGCCCCCACCCAAAUCAAUCAAAGAGGUACAAAAACUUGCGGGAAAAUUGGCUUCCCUGAAUAGAUUCAUUUCGCGGUUCACGGAUAAGGGUCUUCAUUUCUUCAAGAUACUUCGUGGCGCGGCAAAGUUUGAAUGGAACAAGUCUAGCCAGGAAGCAUUCGACGAGCUGAAGAGUUACUUGUCUUCACCCCCUCUAUUGACAAAACCAAAAACGGGAGAAACCCUCUACCUUUACUUGGCAAUUUCUGUUGAUGUUGUCAGCUCAGUUUUGAAAGUUGAGGCCGUAUUUUCAGUCGCACCAAGUGGUGGUGUUGACGAAUCACCCCUUGAAACAAGUAUUGUCGAGUCUAGAGCUCUCCGGAAGAAUGGUCAAGUGGCUGUAAGGUUGAGUGAAUUCGGCGUCAAAUUUCACCCCAGGUCAGCCAUUAAAGCGCGGGUGCUAGCUGACUUUAUCGUAGAGCUGGCACAUGAUGAAGCAAGUAUUUCUAUGCCUUCAUGGACUCUAGACGUUGAUGGAUCGUCAACGACGACGGGGAGUGGGGCCGGAAUAAUUUUAGAGAGCCCUGAUGGUGAUAAAUUCGAGUAUGCUAUAAAGCUGGAAUACCCCUCGUCGAACAAUGAAGCGGAAUACGAGGCAUUCUUAGCAGGAGGUGAGUUAGCUUUAGGCGCGGGGGCAAGGAAGGUUAUCAUUUAUAGCGACUCACAGUUGGUGGUCAACCAGAUCCAAGGUUCAUUUGAGACCCGAGAUGAAAAAAUGGCUAAGUAUUCGUUGAAAGCAAAAAAUCUACUUGAAAAGUUUGAAGAAGCCUCUGUUAUCCAGGUGUCGAGGACGGAAAACGCCGUAGCUGACCAACUAGCUAAACUAGCAAGUUCGAUGGCAGCCAUCCGAAGCAGAAAAAUCACUUUUCUCUCUUCUGAAAGAGCCGCGAUAGAGGAGAAAGAGGAGAUCAUGUGCGCUGACCCAUCACCUCCGAGCUGGAAGGAAGAGAUCGUCAAUUUCCUAACUAAUGGAGCCGUACCAGAGAACCAAAAGGAGGCGAAGGCCUUGAGAGAAAAAGCAUCCCGCUUUGUCAUGAUGGAUGGAGAAUUGUACAAACGCGGUUUCUCACUGCCUCUCUUAAAAUGCCUAACUCCCGAAGAGGGAAAUUAUGUCUUACGAGAGAUACACGAGGGAAUUUGCGGAAACCACAUCGGAGGAAAAGCCUUAGCGGGAAAAGCCCUCAGGCAGGGUUUCUUUUGGCCAACGAUGCUCUCCGAUGCGCAUGGGUUGUGGAAUAUGGAUCUUGUUGGGCCAUUUCCGCAAGCUACAGGACAAAGAAAAUUCUUGAUCGUAGCAGUGGACUAUUUUACAAAGUGGGUAGAGGCCGAACCGUUAGCGAAAAUAUCAGAAAAAGAAGUGAUCAAGUUUCUAUGGAAGAACAUCAUAUGUCGCUUUGGCAUCCCCCGCGCUCUAAUUUCCGACAAUGGGACUCAGUUUUCAGGGAAUAAACUUAAGGACUGGUGCAAGGGAUUCGCGAUCAAACAAUUCUUCAAAUCGGUUAGUAAUCCCCAAGCAAAUGGGCAGACGGAAGUCACCAAUCGGACGAUCCUUCAACAUUUAAAGACGCGGCUGGAAAACGCAAAGGGGGCAUGGGUGGACGAGCUCCCCAGUGUCUUAUGGGCGUAUCGAACGACACCGAGGACUCCCACGGGAGAAUCCCCGUUCAACCUAACUUACGAGACGGACGCUGUGGUACCCCCGGAAAUAGGAGAACUUAGUUGGUGA